CUUAUGAUACGGGAAAGGGCCGAACGAAGCGAAUCAAAGUACGUCUUCCGCCGCGAUCUGGAAACCCUAAUCCUUCUACGCUUUAUGCAAAAGGGCCUGUCGAUCUCCAAUUCGCCGUUCUCUCCAAUCCAUUGAGGGGAUCGUUAUGGCAACGGAAUCGGCUUCGGCUUCGAGCUCGAAUCCCUCGUCGUCGUCCCUGUACUCCUACCCGGCCACCACCUACUUCCCUCUCCCGUUUCAUCUCCAGAACGCGGACCCUGCGGCUCAGCAGCAGUAUCUCCCGCCGUCCCAGAUCCCACCGCCCGUUAAGAUCCCCACGAUGGCGCAGACGUUCCCCGUUCCGGCCCCCGUCGUCGCCGGGAUGUAUUCGCUUCCGCAGUUCCAGCAGGCACAACAACUUUUUCAACGGGAUGCACAAACCAUCACUCCAGAGGCUAUAGAGGUUGUGAAAGCUGCACUUGCAAAUAGUGAAGUUGACCAUAAAUCAGACACAAAAAAGAAAGCAAUACCACGUAAAGCAGCUGGUCAGAGUUGGGAGGAUCCAACUUUGGCAGAAUGGCCAGAGAAUGAUUUUCGAUUAUUUUGUGGAGAUCUAGGCAACGAAGUCAAUGAUGAUGUCCUUUCAAAAGCAUUUUCAAGGUUCCCCUCCUUCAACAUGGCAAGAGUGAUAAGAGACAAGAGAACUGGAAAAACCAAAGGUUAUGGAUUUGUCAGCUUUUCAAACCCAUCAGACCUUGCAGCAGCUGUCAAAGAAAUGAAUGGAAAAUACGUUGGAAAUCGUCCUAUAAAGUUGCGUAAAAGCACAUGGAGGGAAAGAACAGAUGUUGAAGCUUUGGAAAGGCAAAAGAAUUACAUUCAGAAGAAACCAAAACUACCAAAGAAAGGUAUUCUGCACAAGUGAAGCUUCAAGAUCACAACCUUGACUUACGCAUGAAAACUUGUUCAUGAGACCAGGAAGUCCCCUAAAUGCGUAACUGAUUACUGAUGAUUCAGGACAUGGGGAGUGCAGUUGGGACAUAAUCAACCUUUUUCAAGUGUGUUCAAUUUUGGAUUGUAGAACUGUUGCAUUGCACACCACAUUGGCAUGUUAUGCACUUAAAAGAGUUGACUAUGGAAACCAUGUGUAUUUACCAAUUAUAUUUCUUUCUGUAUUUAUUUUAGUCAUUUCAAGCCAGUAUGGUUGCAAAAUAUUGAUAUCUAUUUGUUCUUUGAA